GCCCCCGGGAUGGAGCCACCUCGUGACGUCACGGGGCCGGUUUCCCAGGACUGCUGCGGGAGUCGGAGGCUGCGGGGCGGGGAGAGAGAGGAGACGGCAGCCGGAGCGGACGCCUCUCAUCCGGAGACUCCCGGAAUAACACGAUUCACCCACCGGACGAUCCCCCGCGGAGUCCCGGGAGUUUACACCCAGAACGAGAACCCUCAGAGCGGUGCGAUGGAGGACGGGAAGCCGGUGUGGGCGCCACACCCGACGGACGGGUUCCAGCUGGGGACCAUCGUGGACAUCGGAGCCGACAGCCUCAGCAUCGAACCUCUCAAAGGGAAGGGAAAGACCUUUCUGGCUCAGAUCAGCCAGGUCUUUCCUGCAGAGGAUGACGUUAACAAACACAUGGAGGACAACUGUUCUCUGAUGUACCUGAAUGAAGCGACUCUGCUCAACAAUGUUCGUGUGAGAUACAGCAAAGACAAGAUUUAUACGUUCGUAGCCAACAUCCUGAUCGCGGUGAACCCGUACUAUGACCUCCCGAAGCUGUACUCGCCGGAGACCAUCAAGCAGUACCGGGGCCGGUCUCUGGGAACGCUGCCGCCGCACGUGUACGCCAUCGCUGAUAAGGCGUACAGGGACAUGAGGGUGCUGAAGAUGAGCCAGUCCAUCAUCGUCUCCGGGGAGUCCGGAGCCGGGAAGACAGAAAACACCAAGUUUGUGCUCAAAUACUUGACGACCUCGUAUGGAACCGGUCAGGACAUCGACGAGAGGAUCGUGGAAGCGAACCCCCUGCUGGAGGCUUUCGGAAACGCGAAGACCGUGCGGAACAACAACAGCAGCCGCUUCGGGAAGUUUGUGGAAAUCCACUUUAACGAGAAGAACGCCGUGGUGGGCGGAUUCGUUUCCCACUACCUGCUGGAGAAGUCCAGGAUCUGCAGCCAAAGCAAAGAGGAGAGAAACUACCACAUCUUCUACCGACUGUGCGCCGGAGCGUCCGAGGACAUCAGGCAGAAGUUUCACCUCAGCUCCCCCGACACCUUCAGGUACCUGAACAGAGGAUGUACUCGCUUCUUCGCUUCCAAAGACACAGACAAGCAGAUCCUGCAGAAUCGCAAGAGCCCCGAGCACCUGAAGUCGGGCCCCCUGAAGGACCCGCUGCUGGACGACCAGGGCGACUUCAACAGGAUGUGCGUGGCCAUGAAGAAGAUCGGCCUGGACGACACGGAGAAGCUGGACCUGUUCCGGGUGGUGGCCGGCGUGCUGAACCUGGGAAACAUCGACUUCGAGGAGGCGGGCAGCACGUCAGGCGGCUGCACCAUCAGGAAGCAGUCGAGUCAGACUGUGGAGCACUGUGCCGAGCUGCUGGGCCUGGAGCAGGACGACCUGAGAGUCAGCCUCACCUCCAGGGUGAUGCUCACAACUGCAGGGGGCGCCAAAGGAACAGUCAUCAAAGUGCCACUCAAAGUGGAGCAGGCCAACAACGCUCGUGACGCCCUGGCGAAGGCCGUGUACAGCCGACUCUUCGACCACGUGGUGACCAGGGUCAACCAGUGCUUCCCAUUCGACUCCUCCGCCAACUUCAUCGGCGUCCUGGACAUCGCUGGUUUUGAGUACUUUGAACACAACAGCUUUGAGCAGUUCUGCAUCAACUACUGUAACGAGAAGCUGCAGCAGUUCUUCAAUGAGCGCAUCCUGAAAGAGGAGCAAGAGCUGUACCAGAAGGAGGGGCUCGGCGUCAACGAGGUUCACUACGUGGACAACCAGGACUGCAUAGACCUGGUGGAGGCCAAGCUGGUCGGCGUCCUGGACAUCCUGGACGAAGAGAACCGAUUACCUCAACCCAGCGACCAGCACUUUACCGACACGGUUCACAACAAACACAAGGACCACUUCCGCCUCACGGUACCCAGGAAAUCUAAGCUGUCCGUCCACAGGAACGUGAGGGACGAUGAAGGAUUUAUUAUCAGACACUUUGCAGGAGCCGUGUGCUACGAGACGACCAAGUUCGUGGAGAAGAACAACGACGCGCUGCACAUGUCUCUGGAGUGUCUGGUCAGCGAGUCCAAGGACCGCUUCGUCCGCGAGUUGUUUGAGAACACCAACAACAAGGACACCAAGCAGAAGGCGGGAAAACUCAGCUUCAUCAGCGUCGGCAACAAGUUCAAGACGCAGCUGAAUAUUCUCCUGGAGAAGCUCCGCAGCACGGGCUCCAGCUUCAUCCGCUGCAUUAAGCCCAACCUGAAGAUGAUCAGCCACCAGUUUGAAGGAGCUCAGAUCCUGUCCCAGCUGCAGUGCUCCGGUAUGGUGUCAGUGCUGGACCUGAUGCAGGGCGGCUUCCCCUCCAGGGCGCCGUUCCACGAGCUCUACAACAUGUACCAGAAGUACAUGCCUCCCAAACUCACCCGCCUGGACCCACGCCUCUUCUGCAAGGCCUUGUUCAAAGCUCUGGGACUGAAUGAGAACGACUACAAGUUCGGCCUGACCAGAGUGUUUUUCCGGCCCGGGAAGUUCGCAGAGUUCGACCAGAUCAUGAAGUCGGACCCGGACCACCUGGCCGAGCUGGUGAAGAAAGUCAACACGUGGCUCAUCCACAGCCGGUGGAAGAAGGUCCAGUGGGGCGCUCUGUCCGUCGUCAAACUGAAAAACAAGAUUUUGUAUCGGACCAGUGCCUGUAUCCAGAUGCAGAAGACUGUUCGGAUGUGGCUCUGCAGGAAGAAGCACAAGCCAAGGAUCGACGGGUUGGUGAAGGUGCGUAACCUGAAGACGAGGAUGGGUCGCUUCAACGAGGUGGUGGCCGGGCUGACGGAGGGAAAACAGGAGAUGAGCAAACAGAUCCAGGACCUGGACUCUGCCAUCGACACCCUGAUGGUCAAAAUCAAGAGCACCAUCAUGACCCGACUCGACAUCGACCACGAGUACCAGGCCCUGGUGACCCGGUCGGAGCAGCUGCUGACGGCCAUGCAGAACAAGAAGAAGGAGGAGGAGGAGAGGGAGCGGCUGCAGCGCAUCCAGGAGGAGAUGGACAGGGAGAAGAAGAGGAGGGAGGAGGAGGAGCAGCGCCGCAAGCAGGAGGAGGACGACAGGCGACUGAAAGCCGAGAUGGAGCUGAAGAGGAAGCAGGACGAGGAGGAGAGGAAGAGGAGGGAGGAGGAGGAGAGGAAGAUGCAGGUGGAGAUGGACCUGCAGCUGCUGGCGGAGCGGGAGGAGGAGGCGUCUCGUCAGAACGUCCUGGAGCAGGAGAGGAGGGACCGGGAGCUGGCGCUGAGGAUCGCCCAGAGCGAGUCGGAGCUCAUCCCAGAGGAGGCGGCCAGCGACUCGGGCCUGCGCAGCAACGGCUCUUCAGUUCCAUCGUCCCCAGAGAGAGCAGCCGCUGCCGGAACCGCAAAGCUGACGAGCAUGAGCAUGGAACAAAUGGCCAAAGAAAUGUCUGAACUUCUGGCUCGAGGUCCACAGGUGCAGGCGUCCAAGGCGGCUGCCGGCGCCAAGAAGUACGAACUGAGCAAGUGGAAGUACGCUGAGCUGCGGGACUCCAUCAACACCUCGUGUGACAUCGAGCUUCUGGCCGCCUGCAGGGAGGAGUUUCACCGCCGCCUCAAGGUUUAUCACGCCUGGAAGUCAAAGAACAAGAAGAGAAACACGGAGACGGAGCAGAGGGCGCCCAAAUCGGUCACCGACUACGAUCCUUCACCUCCUGUGAAAACAGCAUCCCAGCAGAACCCAGGCCCGCCCAUCCCGGCCCGGCAGUACGAGGUGGCGAUGAACCGGCAGCAGCGCUACUUCCGCAUCCCGUUCAUCCGGCCAAGCGACCAGUACAAGGACCCUCAGAACAACAAGAAGGGCUGGUGGUACGCUCACUUCGACGGGCCCUGGAUCGCCAGGCAGAUGGAGCUGCAUCCCGAUAAACACCCCAUCCUGCUGGUGGCAGGAAAGGACGACAUGGACAUGUGCGAGCUGAGUCUGGAGGAGACGGGCCUGUCGAGGAAGAGGGGGGCGGAGAUCCUGCCCCGCCAGUACGAGGAGAUCUGGGAGCGCUGCGGCGGCAUCCAGUACCUCCGCAGCGCCAUCGAGAGCCGACAAGCCCGACCCACCUACGCCACGGCCAUGCUGCAGAGCAUGUUCAAGUGACGAGGAGGGGGAGGGGCCUCUGGCUGCACACAAAGGGACGGAUUUACCAGCUAGCUAACACAGACGGCGUCUGAGCGUCGCCGGGAGGUUCUGACUCGGGAAUUCACGCGAACAACUGUCCUUUUGUUUUUCUCUCGUCGUUAAGUUUCUCGCUCGCUUCACUCCCUCGGGUCGCGGCGAGGGCCGGGACGUUUCGCAUCGAACCCUAUGCAGAAAAAAAUCAUAAAUGAUCACAUCCGGUUGUUUUCCAAGGAAUUCUCCUCUCGUGUCUGCAAGUUUAACUACGAGGCCUUAACACAACGUUAACAGGGUUUAAUUACCACAAGUACGACCUCUUCUUCUUCUGUCUUUUCUCUUUUGUUCAGAGCUGCCUCCCAGACGACAAACUUUAAAUUCCUGUGUAGUUAUACAUUCCUGAUCACGACCCUGACGUCGCUUCCAUGGUAACAGACCUGUUUACAUCGUCCUCGUGUGGCUCUGGAGCCGAGAGGCUGCACGAGCGUCACAUUGUUCCUCCUUAAAUCUGCUAAAACUUUAUUUUACCGUCGUCUUUCCGGCCGAAUGUAACCUGAGACCUCGAUGAUUUGUUCCUGUCGUGAUUCCUUCUUUCCUCAUCGUGUGAUUUCAACUUAAUGAGAAAAGGUUCAGAAACUUUGUGACUUUGAGACCAAACGUUGCUUGAAACACUUUAUUUCGUUUUGUUUUUGGGACCGAGCAGUGAUUCAGCUCCGUGAUUAGUUUCUGCAGAAAAUGUGAAUUAAUUAUGCAACUGCUGAGCUGCGACUGAGUCGCUGCUGUUUCAGAGCAGAUCAGUGCCGCAAAAAAAGUCAUUAGAACAUCGUUAGUCUUUAAAUGAAAUCUUUGUACACGAGGAAACUUAAUUUGCAAACUUAGUGAUUCCAACAUGUUUUUCUUUGACUUUAUCUUUAAAAUAUUAAUUCUACAUUUGGCUGUUUGUUAAAUGAAUUCACCUGAUUCUAGAAAAUGUUUGAAAUGUCAGUCUGGACAUUUUUCUGUCGUUGUGGACAAAGCGCUGGAACUGGAACCUUCUUCCAACACUGAGAUAUUUUCUAUGAAAUCACGUGAGUUCGGUUUGUGCAGCGACAGUGACGCUUCCACUGGAAUGUUUAUUUUUAAAAGAACGAUUUCUACUUGAGCCUGUGAGGUUGUGAGAGAAGCAACGAACCAGGUCAAUGAGCCGAGUCGUCCGUUUGUCGUCAACACUUUAAAGACAAUCCCGCACCUGAGGCUGCUAACUUUCCUUCUGAUGCACAAGAACCAGGUGACUGAACGCGAGGCGUCAACACGCAGCAGCGAGGGAAACAGACGAGCUCCAGGAAACUGUGUUUCUGAAAGGUUUCAUUCAACGAUUGUGGUUCAUCAUGAAACUGGUCCAACUCCCUGUUAAAGUCCAGAAACUGAAAAAUACCAAAAACAAUGUGAUUGAUUCAGACUAAAGUUUAAAUGUCAUGAAUUGUAAAUGAAGAUAGACGACACGUCUCAUAAACGCUGCCAUCUUGUGGUGAUGACGUCAUAAAGUCAGAGUCUGAGCCGUAGUGAUCGUGGAGUGGAGCUGUGUUAUCGAGGUCCCGCCCACACACUCGCUCAACCAAUCAUGAGUGAGUCUCAGCUGUCAAUCAUGACGGCUCGUUUUUAUUUUAUCAAAUAACUGAUUCAAACCA